AUGAUUCUUAAUCAAAGACAACAUUGCAAAGCUACUUCAUCUGAUGAUGAUUCAAUGUUCCACUUAUGCAAAAUCCUACCCAUCACUGCCUUCACUUCAAUUACUCAACUUUCAUUAGAAUCUUAUGGUCACGGACCGCCUUACACCGAGAAUUUCAUAGUAGACAUCAUCAUAAACCUAUCUCAACUGCAAAGUUUCACUUCUUCAAGGAUUGAUGCCACUCACCCAAAGCCUUUAUACAACCAAGAAGACAAACAAGCUUGUCAAUCUCCACUUGGCAUUCACCUUGCAUCACUUACACAUCUUGUUGAAUUAGAUUUGACCCAAGCUGAAUGUUUGGAUUCGAGUUGGAAUCGGCUCCAUUGGAAAAGCUCAUUGACAUACUUGGCAUUAGAACGAAUUAAUUCAAGAUCUACAUUGGCCCAAACUAACGAUUUUGCAAGCUUAAGAGUCUUCAGUCGGGGAUAUGGAAUUGAUAUGAAUAUGAUCAGAGAUUGCGGUGAUGAUCUUCUUUUUGAAUCCGGGGAGGAGGAUGAAUCCGGGGAGGAGGAUGAAUCCGGGGAGGAAGACAAUUCGGACAAUGAAUCAACCGAAUUCGAUGAUCAUUAG